UGAGCUCCUAGAAGUCGGCUUUUUCACCUUUUACCCAAGCCAAACGGUUAUUCGCAUAAGGUUGGUUAUAAUUAAAAUGUCGGUUUGUGCACAUGGUUUGGGACUCUGUGUAUGAGUACGACUAAUAUCUUCAAUUUACUAAGAAGAUAAAGAGGUCGAUAAAUGAGGAGGUCAAGCCCGUUUUGCAAGGUCACACAGGAAAGAAGCAGACCACGAAAAUGAACGUCGGCUGUCACCUGCGGUGGGCGCGCUAGAAGUCUUUUGAACUCCUUCGGCUACCGUCGCCAGGUUCUCUCAGUGCACUGUUAUUCCGCGCCUGCGCGCGGCUGGAGUGCCGUCCAUUUUUCCUUUAGUUGGGAAGGCCGUUGGUAUUGAGGUUGGCAUACGUAUCAAGGAGAGUAACUACCAUGGCACCUGAAGUUUUGCCAAAACCUCAGAUGCGUGGCCUUCUGGCCAGGCGUCUGCGAUUUCAUAUGGUUACAGCAUUCGUGCUAUCCCUGGGAGUUGCAGCUUUGUAUAAGGUUGGUGUGGCUGAUAAAAGAAAGAAGGCAUACGCAGAUUUCUACAGAAACUAUGAUGCCAUGAAAGAUUUUGAGGAGAUGAGGAAGGCUGGUAUCUUUCAGAGUGUAAAGUAAUCUUGGAAUAUAAAGAAUUUCUUCAGGUUGGAUUACCUAGAAGUUUGUCACUGACUCCUGAACUAUGACACAUGAAUAUGUGGGCUAAGAAAUAGUUCCUCUUGAUAAAUAAACAAUUAACAAAUACUUUGGACAG